AGGGGAAAAUAAAUCAAUCGGUAGAAAUACUUUAAACAGAAUUCCUGCAAGAUGCUCUGGACGGUGACUGUAGCUCCUCUGACAUGGCCAUGAGUAAUGACAGAUUGUUUUCCAGGGCAGGAUAUUCAAACUGUCUCUGGACUGAAGGAACCAGCACUUUUUGUCUCGGUUUUGCAAAUUACUCUUUGAAAUUGGUUGAAGUAGGAAUGGCUGGAGCUAUUGGCAACUGAAGAGAGAACAUCAGUGGAAUUUGGAAACAGAAGAGAGAACAUCAAUUAAUAUUUUGGCACAAUGAGUGCAGAUGAUGAUGCAAAGUGGUUGGAAUGGGUGACCAAGCAGUUUGAAAAUAUUGCUGGUGAGGAUAAGGAGAUUAAUUUGGAAGAAUUCAAGACAGCACUCAAAGUGAAGGAGUCCUUCUUCGCAGAAAGGUUUUUUACACUGUUUGACUCUGAUGGGAGUGGCAGCAUAAGCUUGGACGAGUUACUGAAAGCUUUGAAUCUCCUCACACAUGGAAGUGAAACAGACAAACUACGAUUCCUUUUCCAGGUCUACGAUGUUGAUGGCAGUGGUUCCAUAGACCCAGAUGAGUUACGCAUCGUCCUCAAAUCCUGUUUACGGGAAAGUGCCAUUUCCUUACCAGAGGAAAAGCUUGAUGAUCUCACAAUGGCUCUCUUCGAGUCAGCUGACAAAGACAACAGUGGCGCCAUUACCUUUGAGGAGCUCAAGGAAGAACUGGAGAACUUUCCAGAAGUAAUGGAAAACCUGACAAUAAGUGCUGCCAAUUGGCUAAAGCCACCAGCAACAGAGAAGUACACAAGGCAGACCCCGCGGUAUCUGACACCAGCCUACUGGCACAAUAAUAGCCGCAAGCUGCUCUUCAUGUGCUGUUACAUCCUCAUCAAUAUCUUUCUUUUCGCGUUUGCUGCACUAAAACACGUUGACGUUGGUGGAUGGGUCAUGUUGGCUAAAGGUUGUGGGCAGUGCCUUAACUUUAACUGUACCUUCAUCGGGGUCCUUAUGCUACGCCGAUGUCUGACCUGGUUAAGAGCAACUUGGGUGGUGAGGGUUCUACCUUUGGAUCAGCAUGUACUCCUGCACCAGCUGGUGGGAUUUGGUAUAUUUGGACUGAGUGUUGUUCAUGCUAUUGCUCAUCUCAUAAACUUUGUGAAUUUGACUUUCAGUGGUGGAACCUACCAGCUAUGGGAGUAUCUCUUCACAACAAGACCUGGGAUUGGUUGGAUUUAUGGAACGGCAUCCAUUACUGGAGUAAUUUUGCUGCUUCUGAUAAUUUUGAUGUUAAUCUGUUCAAGUACAUUCGUUCGCAGGAGUGGACAUUUUGAGGUGUUUUAUUGGACGCACUUGAGUUAUAUUUGGGUCUGGUCUCUGUUAAUCCUUCAUGGCUCCAACUUCUGGAAGUGGUUUGUGGUCUCUGGAUUCUUGUUCCUUAUGGAAAAAAUAGUGGGAAUCACAGUUUCACGAAUUGGUGGCACUCAGGUUGUGGAGGUUAACUUACUGCCAUCUAAGGUUACCCAUCUCGUAAUCAAAAGGUCGCCAUUCUUUCACUACAAACCCGGAGAUUAUGUGUAUGUCAAUAUUCCAGCAAUAGCCAAGUAUGAGUGGCAUCCAUUUACCAUCAGCAGUGCUCCAGAGCAGCAAGACACUAUUUGGCUCCAUAUCAGGAGCCUCGGCCAAUGGACCAACCAACUCUACGAAUACUUCCGACAACCUGAACUACUGGGCAACGAACCAAAGCGGCUGACAAGAAAUCUGAGGAAUAAAAAGCGCCAGAAGUCUGCGCAGGAGCACCUUGGUAACUUGAUUGCCUCUAAUGAAUCAGUGGCGACCAACAAGGAAGACAUGGUGGAGCUGACAUCAUAUAAACCACGACAGCGCUGUCAGAACGAGCCCUUGGAAGUGAACAUCAAAGUGGAUUGUACAAAUGUCCCUCAGCCCAAGGAGGUCUCAACAAAACUGAGUGACAAUCAUCGAUACUGCAACAUUAAGUGUUACAUCGAUGGGCCGUAUGGAACACCAACCAGGACAAUCUUCACUUCAGAGCACGCAGUGCUCAUUGGCGCUGGCAUUGGUAUCACCCCAUUCGCUUCCAUUUUGCAAAGCAUCAUGUACAGGUAUCGCAUGAGGAAACAGAAUUGUCCCAACUGUAGUUACUCCUGGUGUGAAAACGUGAAGGACAAUGAAAUGAGUUUGAGAAAGGUUGACUUUAUUUGGAUCAACAGAGACCAGAAAUCAUUUGAGUGGUUUGUUAGCCUCCUGACUAAACUGGAGAUGGACCAGGCUGAUGAAGAGCCUCAGGGUAGAUUCUUGGAGAUGCACAUGUACAUGACCUCUGCUCUCAGUAAAAAUGACAUGAAGGCUUUAGGUUUACAGAUGGCUUUGGAUCUGUUGGCUAAGAAGGAGAACCGUGAUUCCAUUACAGGCUUGCGAACCAGAACACAGCCAGGUCGUCCAGACUGGGCCAAGGUUUUCCAAAAGAUUGCUGAAGAAAGAAAAGGGAAAGUCCAUGUUUUCUUUUGUGGUUCCCCUGUCCUGGCUAAAACAAUCAAAGCUCAGUGUGAGCAUUUUGGCUUCAAAUUCUACAAAGAAAACUUCCAGUGAUGUGGUAGUGGUUGUGAAUCAACCAGGUUUCCCUCUGGUGCAAUGCACAGGUUGACUUUAUGUAAACUUCCUCUAUUCAUGUGAUUGAUUAAGAUUUGUGGAGCAGUGAGAGGAAAUCAUGUCCGAGACUCUCCAUUAGAUUUUGUUUUGUCUGGUAUUCAGGAAGACAAAUAGUUGGAAUGUGGAUAGUGGAGAUUCCACUUGACUUAUUGCCCUGGCAUAACUAACCCAUUCUGAAUCCGAGAUCCCAGGUAUCAUCCCUGAAAAGUGCUAACUAGGUUGAUCUUAACCAGCAAAGGUUGGCUGCAGCAGUUAGUUCCUGCCCUGCUGGACUCUGGGAGAUUUGUGCGGGCGGUAUUAAAGUAUGGUGUCCCUCACAGUCAAAUAUCUUCCUGAUUUGGAGAUGCCGGUGUUGGACUGGGGUGUACAAAGUUAAAAGUCACACAACACCAGGUUAUAGUCCAACAGGUUUAAUUGGAAGCACACUAGCUUUCGGAGCGACGCUCCUUCAUUCAUUACCCAACUCCACACGUGAAGUAUAGGCACUUCGACAUCAGGGAGGUUCCAAACCCAGGGAAUCGGACUGACCACUCGAGCAUGAGUCAGAAGAGGAAGGCAAAAGAAAGGGGAGACCCUGGAUUUCAAUAUAAUUCAUUAUGUUCAAAUAUUUACUAAAAUUUUUCUUUUGAAAAUCCCAGCUUGUUGCAUUGAGUAUGGGAUGAAUAAUGUAAUUGGAAAUCCGUACUUAACAGUGAGAAACUCAGAGAUGCACAAGCUAUCCCUGGGACAACCUGGAAGCUCAUAACACAACCUGUUCAUUUGACCAAUCUUGCUAACGUGCCUAAGUGUUUACAGAAAUAAUAUUCAUUGCAGCAACAAUCUGCAUAUUUCACUGGCCUCCUGUUGUAACAUUAUGUGGACUUUUAAAAGAGUGAUGUGGCAUGUUUCUGUUUGCUCAAGUCGAAUAAAACCUGUUGUGGAGCUUGUAACAAGUUCUUGGAAAUUGGUGUGUACAAUGACCCCCUCAGCACUUCAGAAAAUCAUGUUCUCAUUCACCAUUUUCAAUCUAUGAUAGAAUUGUAUUUGGAAUCAAUGCUGUGCAACAACCAAUCCCAUUCCUUUAAGCUUUAGUUUUAACAGUGGCCACCUACUGUGGACUGAACUGAAGAGAUGAUUUUCUUUCAACUUCCUUUAACACGAGAUGGUAAAUGUUUGGUUUCCUGAAAGCUGCUCGACAAAUGCAUGGAGAGAAACCAUUUCAUUCUUCCUCACUCCCCAAACAGGUUGGCUGACCCUCCCAUAUUGCAAGGUCUGGAGGUGACUGUUAAUGUGCACUCCACUCCAGCCUUGGAUUUGGAAAGAGCUGGACACUUUCACUGCUGGAUUCAUUUUACUAGGUCCUCCUUUACCUCAUAUGGCCCGAGGCUAAUGAACAUCUGAAUAUACGAACGAAAGUAGGCCCUUAGCCCUUCAAACCUGCUCUGCCAUUCAAUAAGAUCACGGCUGAUCUGAUUUUAACACCAACUCCACA